AUUUAAUUUAAAUCAAUCCUUAUUAUAAUUAUAAUUGUAAAAUAAGCUAAAUUUUUCAUUACAAUUUUCAUGAUGAAUUAGAAAUUAAAAGUAGGACCUUAAACAGCUACAGAUUACAAAAGGUCUAUAAUACCUGAAUUCGCUGUUCAUGGAUCUUAAAAAAGUGUUAGAGUGAAAGAUUCGUAAUAUUUUAGCGGUCUUUCAAAAAACCUUUGGGAUGAUUAUGGGAAGUUAAUUGAAAAAAAUAAAACGUUUCUUUCUAAAGAGAGGAAUGAAUAAAUAGAAAAACAUGCAAAAGAUUUAGAAUAAUAAGAUAGGAAAGAAAGGGAAUAGUUAAAAUAAUCUAAAAUAAUUAUAAAUAAGCAAGAGUGCUAGCAAAGGAUGAGUAAAAAAUUGUUAGAAAUAGCUCUUUUGUAGUAGUAAAGUCAUUAAAUUGUCGAUGAAAGAUAAUCAAAUAUAUUGCUUAAUAAUCCUCUAAGUCCCUUUGAAAUAAACAAAUCUAAAGUUAAAUCAUAAGGGAGAUAAUAUUUAAAUGGAUAAGCUGAAAAUAAAUGGAACGAUCUAACUUAAUAGUGCUCAAAAAGUUAAAAAAUUAUAUUUACACCAAAAGUUAUUCAAUUUGAGAACUAGGCUAUUGAAAACAUCAAAAAGAAGCUUGAAUCAAUUGAUGAAAAUAAGGAAAUGAUAAAAAGUUGUUAUGUGCAGCAAGGAGAAAUUUUGAGAAGUACCUUCAAGGAAAAACAUUAAAAAAAUUUAGAAUUUGAAAAAGAUUUAAGGAUUGGCAUAUUUGGUAAGAACGGCUAUGAUAAAACAAAGACAAAGAUUAUUAGAAUAGCAUAAACACCUGCUACUUAUAAUGGAGCAUUUCCAACUAAAUAUAAGAUGGAUCCUUACAUUUAAAAGCUUAAAGAAAAACCUCUCUCUGAGAAAGAUAAAUAAUUAUGUGAAAAACUAGCUACUCCAAAGAAAGAAUACUAACCUCAAAAUGUAUUUGAUUACCCUGAGUUUAAGGGUAUGCUUAUACCUACAAUUGAUAAACUAAUGUGCUCUAAGUAAGAAAAUAUAGUUAAAAAGUUCAAGGAGAACCCUUCUGUUAAAGAAUUAACAAAAAAUAUAAAUAGCCCCGAAAGAGUUAACUAGUUAAUUAUAAGACCUAAAACAGCUAAUUCUUAAAGAGGGUUUAUAAUGGAACCUUUAUCUUCUUUUGAUGAUAUAUAAAUAUAAAGAUCUAAGAAUUUUAUAGAGCACAACUAAACAGAAAAAGAAAUAGUUUAAGAACUUGAUAAAUUUUCAUCUAAUCUCAAAAACUAAGCUUUAUAAAGACCAUAAUCUGGAUUUUGUAGAGUUACACAAAAAGAGAAUAAACUGCUUAAAGAUGUAGAAGGGUUUAAAAAAGUAAGAGAAUAUAAAAAAGAUCCUGUUUACCCUCAUAAUGUAAUAAAAGGGUUAGAUCAUUCUCUAUGAUAAAAUUUUGUUUAUAUUUUUAGUUAUUUAUAUUAAUUUUAAAAUAAAAGUCAAUUAUGUUUUAAGAUUUAAAUGAAAUCCUCGUCAUAGAAUAUGUCCAAAUUUAUAAUAGAAAUAUAGCAUAAUUCGAAUUCAAUAAAUUUUGAAGUUUCUAUAAUUUUAUUUAGCAUCCAAAAAUAUUUAAACGAG